GUGGAUGGUUCCUGGAUAAGAUUGUCAUCAAAUAUAAAGAAGGAGAGGAAGCUCAGGAGGUUGUAUUUCCUUGUAAUAGAUGGUUAGAUGAAUAGCAAGAUGAUGGGAAAACAGAGAGGGAGCUAACUGCCAAUAAGGUUGGCAGUCCAAUGAAGACAUCCCUUAAAGCACAAUGGUGGAGAGUGCAGGUUAAAACAGAUGGAGAUUCCCCAGAGCCACAGGAGUGUAAAAGGACCCUUGUGAUUUAUGGAUCAAGGGGCAAAAGUGAUGAGCUUCUGCUUUCUCCACAAACCCCAGGACAUGUGUGCUUUCUCCCCAGAGCAACUGAUGAAUUCAUCGUUGAGACAGGAGAUCUGGGAGAUGUGUACAAGAUUCAAGUCAGCUGUGAUGAUGUGCCAGGCUUUAAGGGCUGGCAUGUGAAGUCUUUUCACUUACAAGAGUGGAAUACAAAACAAGAACUGAACUUCGAGUGUAACUGCUGGCUCGCUCUUAACAGAGGGGAUAGGGAGCUGGUAAAGGAGUUCCCUGCAGUCACUGAGGACCAGAAAACUUUACCAGUCUAUAAGUACGUUGUUUCUGUACAUAUCGGCGACCGCUGGGGAGCAGAGACUUUUGCUAAUGUUUAUAUCACCCUCUAUGGCAAAAGAGGGGACACAGGUGUGAGGAAACUUCAUACAUCUUUAAUGAAAGGAAGAAAAUUUCAAAGGAAUAAGGUGGAUUCAUUUUUAGUGGAAGCUGUUUCUCUGAGUCAUUUGCAAAAAGUGGUCAUAGGACAUGAUGGAGAAGGCUAUGGGGCAGGAAUGUAUCUCAAGAUGGUAACAGUCAAGGAAUCACAAGAUUCAGACAAAGAAUGGGUCUUUCCACUGUGGAACUGGCUUGACACUCAUCUGGGCUUAUGUGAGACUGUUUGUGAGAUUGUAACUGUUGGUAGAAGGUCGGCUCUUAGUCCUAAACUGCCUGAAAUCAACAUGAAGCCAUCAGGUCUCUGGAUAAUGGAAAUCACUGGAUCUGACUUGAGUGGUGAAGAGGAUCCAAUACACCUUUCUUUUAUCUUCUAUGGCAACCUGAGUCACAAAAAGUUGCCACUUCAAGUCACAGGAAAAGCAAUUCAGAUCAAAGAUGAACUGGCAGAUAUUGGCUCAAUAUACAAAGUUCAGGUAACUGGCCCACACAGUGAGCUAAAACAGCCAUGGCAUUUAGAUUUACUGCAUAUGAAGCACACAGGCACAAAGGAAGAGAUGUAUUUAGCUUUUGACUGCUGGUUCAACCCUAAGGAAGACAAAUGUGUGGAGCUGCCAGCUCUCUAUGCAGAUCAGGAGCCUUUGCCUGUUGUGGAAUACGAAAUCCAUUUGCACACGGGAGACUUGAAGAAGGCAGAUGCCACUGGAGAGGUUUAUCUUCGUAUACAAGGAGAAAAAAGUGACUCGGGGAAGCGAUGGCUUAACUCAAAAAACAGCCUGAUCACUUUUGCUAGAGGGCAGAUGAUUCUUUAG